ACAAAAGGACUUUCGUCUAGCCAUCUUCGCGAUUCGGCUGAAUCUCGUCUGCUAUUGCAGACGACGAAGACGGCGCAGGUGCAUAUUGCUGUAGUGAAAGUAUCCGCGAGUGCUGCUACGAUCUGCCAUCUGUCAAUGCCCUCACUUGCAUAGUCAGUCUUGCUCUAACGACGUUGUUCAGCUGCGGGAUCCGCGAUUCAGAUCUUUAGUCGAUCGUCGCCGUGGACCCGGCGAUACUCUCGAGUGCAUCGUGUCUCGUGUCCGAUUCAUAAAAGACUUGCCAGAGCGACGGUAUCCUGCGGGACAUCUCGAACAAUUACAAUCCGCUCGCGAGCUCAUCAUCGUCAACGACGACCGAAGAAAUCAUGACUAGGGAACUGUGGGCUACCAUCCUCCUCAUUGUCGGCUGCGCGGCAACUCUCUCCUCCGACUCUAAGCCCGAAUAUGUGAAGCAAUGUUCCAGAAGCGAUCCGAAACUGAUAACUUGUCUGAUCGACGCUCUGCACCACCUGCGACCUUAUUUAAGCGACGGAAUACCCGAAAUCGAAUUGCCAUCGGUAGAACCGUUUCGUAUGGACGAGCUGACACUCUCUCUGACAGGUGGUGUGAACGGUUAUAAAGUUCAGCUACGCGACCUCUACAUAAAGGGAGCAAGUAACUAUACAGUGGAGAAUAUCAAGCUCGGCUCACCCUUUCAGGCCAUUGUACGAAUGCCGGCUCUCAUACUGGAUGCGCAUUAUUCCAGUUCCGGUAUAUUGAUCAUUUUACCUGCGAGUGGAAACGGCACGUUCCACGCGCGCUUCGGGGAUGCCAGAGCUCUAGUCAGGGGUACCGUGUCAACGAAAUCACGGGAGGGAAAGACGUAUCUGAAUGUCGACAACCUCGACGUCGUCCUGGCAGUGAAAGAUGUGCAAAUGCGAGUCAGCAAAGUCUUUAACAACAAUCGCAUACUCACCGAGGCAACUAAUCUGUUCCUGCGGGAGAACGGACAAGAGGUACUAAAAAUCAUGGAACCACAGCUGAAGAGGAAAUUGUCGGUGCUCUUCGCCGGAAUCGUCAAUCAGCUGCUACGACACGUACCAGUAGAAUCGUUUCUUAUACCUUAAAGAUGUAUUUAUAUCGUGUCAUCGUUAGUGACCGCUACAUCUUUCUCUUCUUUUAAAUUCUUUUAAACAUUGCAUGUACAAGGAGAAUCGAGUAAUGCUAUAGCGUAAAUAACGUAUCAAACAUCUUUAGAAUAAAAAAAAGAGUGCACUAUGUGAGCUGCUUUCCAAUUUUUAAGUAGUCAACUGUGAUUUCACUCUGAUAUAUCUUCGAUAACUAUAUGUAAUUCCUACGGUACAUUUAUGAUUCCUCUUGGAAAAGGGAAAAUAAACACGACAAUUGAAAAAUAACUACCGCUAUCUUCUUAAUGAAGCAUUUUACAUAACAUGCUACAUGAUUAUAUACUUCUCUGCAUCUCUGCUUAUUUUUAAAGACUACAAUUUCAAUUGCGGUAAUUAAAACACGAAUGACGUAAUUGUAGCUAUUUUCAGAAUUAUGUGUCCGUGCUUAUGAAAACAAAAUGCUAACUAAUUAUAGACGGUUUGUUUUAUUAUAGAUCGAGCAAAUUGCUCUUAGAAUAAUUACAUUCAAAGAUUAAAACCUAAUUAUAUUAAAUAUUUUAUUAGAAGCGAAAAAACACUCUUUGACGAACAAUUAACGUAAUUAUUUACUAAGAAAUUUAAGCAAAACAAUAGCAAAUAUAUAAUCCAUUACAGUAAGUUUCUAAAUUGCAGACUUAGCGUACAAUGAUAAAAUUAACACAAAUAUUAAUACAAUAAAAAUAUGAUAAAAAUUGAUUGAAGAAAAGCAUGAUAAAAGUUGACAACGAGAAUUGUUCUAGUCCGUUUACAUAAAUAUUAUAUAAUAAUUUCAAUAAAACUUUCAAGAGGGUUAACAUGAUACGAAAAGAAACGGUUAGAAACUGAUAUUUGAUAUUUUCUCUAUAUUCUUCUUGAUAUUAAUUACAUCUUUGUGCUUUACAUGCGCAAUUUCACUAACGGAAAUAGCA